AUGGAAGUCAAGAAAAAACCAGCAAUAGAAUUACCAACUGUUGAAACAUUGAGUGUGUUAGAUUAGAAUGAACCUUAGAAUGGUAUUGAAGUAAUUUGUAGAAUUCGUCCUAAAUUUGUAGGUGAAAAUUAUGGUAAUAAUUGUGAGUUCAUUCUAGUAAAUUAUAUGAUUACAGAUAAAAAACUUGAUAUAUACGAAAUCAAUAACGAAAAUGAAAUAUCCAAUUAAAAAACAUUUGCUUUCUCUUAAAUAUAUGAUUAGAAUUCUACAUAAAGAAAUUUGCAUUAAGAAUAUGUUAUUCCAUUGAUUAAGGAUAUAUUUGAAAAAUGUAUAAAUAAUACAAAUACUUAAUAGAAAAAGGAGGACUAGUUUUUACUUAUGGUGUUACAAAUUCAGGAAAAACAUACACUAUAAUUGGUACUUAAGAAGCACCUGGAAUUUUACCGCUCACAUUAUCAACUUUAGAUAAAAUUAAAACAGCAUUUCUUUUAAAUAAAACCACUAUUGAAAUUGAUGGGUAGGUCAUCAAAAUUAGAGAAUCUCCUUAUGAUGACUAUGUUUUAAAAGAAGUCAAUUAUACAUUUUAAUCAUUAGAAAUUUAUAAUGAAGAAAUAUAUGAUUUAUUAGCUAAUAAUAAAACUAAAUUGUAAUUAAAAGAAAUCUAUGAUAAAAAAUGUUAUGUAAAAGAUGCUGUAGAAAAGGAAAUAAAUAAUACUUAAUAAUUUAAAGAUUUACUUCAUAAAGCCUUAUAAAAUAGAUAAAUGGGUGAAACUACAUUAAAUAAUUAAUCAAGUCGAUCACACACUAUCUUUAAAAUACAAAUAUCAUUUCUAUAUUAAUAAGAACAAUUUACAAUUUAAAAGAAAUAAACUAUUUGUAUUGUAGAUCUGGCUGGGUCAGAAAGAGCAAAAAGAGCUGAAACACAAGGUUCAUAACUUACAGAAGCAUGCAAUAUAAAUAAAUCUUUAUUAGUUCUUGGAAAAUGUCUAAAAUAAAUGAGAUGUCAAAAUGAAUCUGAUUAAAAUUGUCGUAUACCAUUUAGAGAAUGCAAAUUAACUCGUUUGUUGUGUGAAUACUUUACAGAAGAAAACAGAAUUUUGAUGAUUGUUAAUGUUAGAUUGACAGGUGAUGAUAUAGAAGAAACACUUAAAGUAUUACAUUAUGGAGCUUUAAGUGUUAAUGUUAAUUUACUUAAAUCGAAAAUAUAUGAUUCAACUAUCUCUUACAAUUAAAGACUUUAAAUUAAUUAAUCAUAAUAAAUAUUAAAUGAUUCAAAAUCUAAAAAAAUACCCAAAAAAAAUGCAAAAGAAAUAAUUAGAAGAGCAAAGAUGUUGGUUUAAAAUACAACCUAACAUAUGUUAUUUUAAUAAACUAUUCAAGAUUCUUUUGUCAAAGAUUUAAUAUCAACUGUUAAAUAAUAGCAAGCAAGAUUAAAAUAAUUUAGUGGAUUAGAUGAUGAAUUAUUUUAUCCUCCAAUUUUAGAGAGUGAUUAAAGAUUAUAAAAAUCAUUAGAUAAAAUAUAGUCUGAUAGAUCACGUUAAGCAUCUCUAGAUAUUUUAGAUAAUAAAGGAUUAUUUUAACCACCUCCUGUUAGUAAUUUUUUAUAAGAUAUACCAUAAAGAAAAUCAUAUAAAUUUGAAGAAUAAAUAAACUAAAAUAAAGAUGUUAUUAUUGAUGAAAGGCUAUAAAUAGAUUAAUUGAAAUUAUCAGAAAUAUAAGAAGAAAAAUAAGAUAUUCAUUCUAUUAUUGAAUAACAUUUUAAUUCUUAUGAAGAACAAGAGGAAUUAAUUAAUGAUUUAAAAUAACUUGAUUUAGAAUAAAUUGAUGAAUAAACUGAUGAUAGUAAAUAAUAGUCUAAAUGUCACAUUAUUAAAUAGAAUAAUAAUAAUCAAGAAAAUGAUAUUAAUAUUUCUAACCAAUGUUAAUAUAAAGAAGAUUUAUUAUAGUAUUCAAAUUAAAAGUAUGAUAAAAAUCAUUUCGAUUAAGCAACCAAUACUACUCCUUAUGAUGAAAUGAAAAAGAAACUUUUUGGUUAACUUUUUGAAUAAGAAUUAUAAAAACAGUAUAUAUCAAUUUUAUUUUAUAUAGUUAAGAUGAAAAGGAUAAAUUUAAAUAAGAAGUCAUGAAAAAUUUAUUUAAUGAUGAUGAUUUAUAAAAUUUAAUUGAAAAAGAAAAUCAAUAAGAAUUAAUUAAUUUAGAAGAUUCUGCUAAAAAAUAAUAAUAGAGAAAUAUUGAAAAAUUAAUAUCAAGCAAUCAUAAAAGUGAUUUAAAAAUUAUAACUGAAUCUGAUUAAGAACAUGAUUCUUCUGGAGACAAAAAACAUCACUAAACUAAAAAUCAUCCAAAAAAGAAAAAAUAAACAAAGAAAAAAGGAAAAUCAAAAAAAAGAUGA